GAGGAUGGUGCAUUGUGGGUUUUUCUAGCUGUCUAGCGGUUUCUGCUUCGUGUUUCAGCCGAGGGUCUGUGAUUUGCACUUUAUAUUUCUAGAGUUUUCGCGUUUUAUACACACCACGAGCUGUUGAUAUAGCAGGAGGUUAAUCUGCCUCAUCAUUAUGUCGCAAGCUGAGAAGCAAAAGGCCCAGUUUUCAAAUCCGGAGAUGCCUGGUUAUGUUGGCUUUGCCAAUUUGCCUAAUCAAGUGCACCGCAAAUCUGUCAAAAAAGGCUUUGAAUUUACUCUCAUGGUUGUUGGUGAGUCUGGACUGGGAAAAUCAACACUGAUAAACAGCCUCUUUUUGACAGAUCUCUAUCCUGAGAGAAUUAUCCCUGGUGCUGCAGAGAAAAUUGAGCGUACUGUGCAAAUUGAGGCAUCAACAGUGGAAAUCGAAGAGCGAGGAGUAAAAUUGAGGCUAACAGUUGUAGAUACACCAGGAUAUGGGGAUGCAAUUAACAGUCAGGACUGCUUCAGUCCAAUUAUUGCCUAUAUUGAUGACCAGUUUGAACGCUACCUUCAUGAUGAAAGUGGCCUGAAUCGCAGACACAUUGUGGAUAAUCGAGUGCAUUGCUGCUUUUAUUUUAUCUCACCUCUGGGGCACGGCCUAAAGCCUCUGGAUGUGGAAUUCAUGAAAGCGAUUCAUAACAAGGUGAACGUAGUUCCUGUGAUUGCUAAGGCUGAUACACUAACACUGAAGGAAAGGGAACGUCUGAAGCGAAGGAUACUGGAUGAGAUUGAAGAACAAGGGAUUAAGAUUUAUAAUCUUCCAGAUGCAGAGUCAGAUGAAGAUGAGGACUUUAAAGAACAGACACGGAUUCUCAAGGCCAGUAUCCCAUUUGCAGUCGUUGGGUCAAACCAGCAAAUUGAAGCAAAGGGCAAGAAAGUGCGAGGUAGGCUGUACCCUUGGGGAGUCGUUGAGGUUGAAAAUCCAGAGCAUAACGAUUUUCUGAAGCUUCGUACCAUGCUCAUAACCCACAUGCAAGAUCUACAGGAGGUGACUCAGGACCUGCACUAUGAGAACUUCCGAUCAGAACGCUUGAAGAGGGGUGGCAGGUUGUCUUCACAUGGUUACAUUCUUCCUUUGUCUCCUGUAAAAGGUGUAGAACCAGAGGUGUUGGAUAAGGACAUGAUUCUUAUGGAGAAGGAGGCUGAGCUACGCCGGAUGCAAAAGAUGAUUGCACAGAUGCAAGCACAGAUGCAAAAACAUGGUGAAGGGGAGAUGGAAGGUCAUCACGUAUAAAGAAUGUGAUGCCAUCCCCCACAUACUCCUUGGAGAAAGGGACCCUGGGAAGAUGUGACACAUGUACACCAGAGAGGGCUGUCAUGGUUUGCCCUGUGCUAUCUGUAACCACUUAUUUUAGGCCUUUUUAUGUAUUUUAUAAGCACACAUUGUCUUGUGUUGUCACUUUUUAUAACUUGAUAUAUUUUUCUAUUUUUAUUUUUGUAUUUUUUUUUCUCCCUUCCUGAAGGAACAGUGCUCAAAAGAUUCUUCCUGUUUUUCUUUCCACGGUUAACUGUUACCUGUGUCACUGUGUUUACCUGUCGUCUCCAAGCAAGUCAUAAAAUAGCAAAGGAAAUCUUUUUCCUUGGCUGCAGUUUUUCCAAAGAGAAUUUUAUUUUCAGAGGAUGAACUGAACCAAAUAACAUGGCAUGCAUUGUUUCAUUUCAAUAUGUGACUGGAAGAAAGAAAAAAAAAAGCACUAGAGCAGUCUUGAUGAUGAUGACUUAGGGUAUUUAACAAGCACACUUUUUAUCUUAAUGCUUGUGGAGCAGCAACUUAUUACUAUUUUUUUUAAUAAAAACAAUGUUUAGAAGGACUGUGCUGCUUUCUGUUUCAGCCAACAUUAUGAAUACAUUAAU